AUGACAGAUGCGUCCUCAGCAGCAGCAGCAGCAGCAGCAGCAGAUGCGUCCUUAGCAGCAGGUGCUGCAAUGGAAGAAGCGGAUGAGGAGGUGCUGCCGUGGUUGCUGCAGACGCGGAGCUCCGUUUUGCUGCUGCUGCUGCUGCUGCUGUGGGGCGGUUUGCUGCUCGCUAGCUGCUGGGUGCUGCGGCUGCAGCGGUGGAAGGACUACCGCAUCUGCGGCCCAGCAGCAGCAGCAGCAGCAGCAACAGGUGGAGCAGCAGCAGCAGCAGCAGCAACGCAUGUAUUUGUUGCUGCUGGUGCAGAUGACAAGGAGGAUUUCCUGGUGCCAAUAGAGCUGCUGCAGCGCCCGUCAGCAACAGCAGCAGCAGCAGCAGCAGCGAAACGGCCACAGCGUUCCAAAGGCACGCAUCAGCAGCAGCAGCAGCAGCAGCAACAGCAGCAGCAGCAGCAGCAGCAGCAGCAGGCAGCAGCAGCAGCAGCAGCAGCAGCAGUAUGA